UUGAUAUCGCCCACAAAGGGAAAGCAGGGGAAGACCAAAAAAAACGUACAUAACUUCUGAAUAUUUAGCCACAAAACUAAACCGUAAAAGUACAAACGUUUCCCGGAUUCACGUACUCCUGUCUGAACUGUCGGGAUGGGUCUGCUCGAGCGCUGUCACGAGCUCUUCAAGACCUCAAACCUGUACGAGGUGCUGGCCGUCAACAAAGAGGCAACCGAGACUGAGAUCCGGAGGAGCUACUACAAAGUGUCGCUGAAAGUGCACCCGGACCGGGCUCCCGAAGACCCGCUGGCCACCGAGAAGUUUCAGGUGUUGGGAAAGCUGUAUGCGGUGCUGAGCGAUAAGGAGCAGAGAGCUGUCUAUGAUGAGCAGGGGCUGGUCGAUGAAGAGUCUGAUGUCCUGAGUCAAGACCGCUGCUGGGAAAACUACUGGAGGCUGCUCUUCCCGAAGAUUACGGUGCAGGAUAUCCUUGAAUUUGAAACUAAAUAUAAGGGCUCUGAAGAAGAGAGGCAGGAUGUGAUCCAGCUGUAUGUGCAGCAUCAAGGAAACAUGGACGCCAUCACGGCUUCGACAAUGUGCUGCUCCCAGGAAGAUGAACCGAGGCUCUGCAGCAUCAUCCGGGCCGCCAUCGAGGCCGAAGAAGUCACGUCGUUUCCAGCGUUCACGCAGGAGAGUGACAAGAAGAAGAAGUCUCGUAGGAAGAGGGCUGCAAAGGAGCAACAGGAAGCAGAAGAAAUGCAGAAGGAGAUGGGGCUCGGUGAGGAGGAUGACAGUCUUGUAAUGAUGCUGAAGCAAAAACAGAAGUCCAGAGAGCAGAAUUUCAACAGUUUCCUCUCUGACCUGGAAGCAAAAUACUCCAAAGAAAGUAAGCCCAAAAAAGGAAAAAGAGUAAAGAAAUGAGAAGAUGUAGAUGCUCUGGAUAUAGAAAAUAUCAUGUUUAUAAAUGGAGACACUUGUGAAAAAAACCUUUUAGAUUAUUAAGAGUAUUCGGCCCCAAUGAAUGAGCAGCAGCUCUUCGGCGGCUCCCUUCUGUAUUUUCUUUAUCUGCCUCAUUCGCUUUUCGUGACGCUUCUCAAAAUGUAAAUGAUUCUUUUAUUUCUUGUCUUUUUCUUUGUUUAGUUUCCAAAAUACAAAUAAAUUCAUAUUUAUAUACAU